AUGCGCAGGAAGCGGGGGAGAAGGGAGAACGGAAUGAUGAGCAGAGAAGAGAGAGUUGCCCUUCUCCGUGGAGAAGGCAAGGAGGAUCGUGUGUUGGUGAGGAGGUGUUUGAUCGAGUCCAAGAAGCUUUGGCGGGUCGUCGGCCCGGCGGCAUUUAGCAGGGUGGUGACCUACAGCUUGAACGUCAUCACACAGGCCUUCGCCGGCCACCUCGGCGACCUCGAGCUCGCCUCGAUCUCCAUCGCCAACACCGUCGUCGUCGGCUUCAGCUUUGGCCUGAUGCUUGGCAUGGCGAGCGCGCUGGAGACGUUAUGUGGGCAGGCUUUCGGUGCGAGGAAGUACCACAUGUUAGGCGUGUACAUGCAGCGGUCGUGGAUUGUGCUCUUCAUAUGUGCAGUCCUUUUACUCCCCAUGUACUUCUUCGCCACCCCAAUCCUAACACUGAUAGGGCAGCCGCCGGCACUGGCGGCACAAGCCGGGGAGGUGUCGAUGUGGUUCAUCCCGCUGCACUUCUCCUUCGCCUUUCUCUUCCCCCUCCAGAAAUUCCUGCAGUGCCAGCUCAAGAACUCCAUCAGCGCCACGGUUUCGGCGGUCGCCCUCGUCGUCCACCUCUUCGUCACCUGGCUCUUUGUGUCGAAGCUGCAGCUUGGCCUGAUCGGAACCACACUCACCCUCAACUUCUCUUGGUGGGUGGCUGUUUUCUGCCUCCUUGGCUAUGUCACAUGCGGUGGCUGCCCUCACACUUGGAAGGGCUUUUCCAUGGAAGCCUUUGCCGGGCUGUGGGAGUUCAUUAAGCUCUCCGCCGCUUCCGGUAUCAUGCUAUGCUUGGAGAACUGGUACUACAGAAUACUGAUCUUGUUAACGGGGAAUCUUAAUAACGCUGAGGUCGCAGUGGACGCCAUAUCGAUCUGCAUGAGUAUAAAUGGAUGGGAGCUAAUGAUUCCUUUGGCAUUCUUGGCUGGCACUGGCGUGCGCGUCGCCAACGAGCUCGGAGCCGGCAAUGGCAAAGGUGCGAGGUUCGCCACCAUCGUGUCUGUGACGACCUCUUCUGUGAUCGGCCUCUUCUUCUGCGUGUCGAUCAUGUUGCUCCAUGAUAAGUUCGCCUUCAUCUACACCUCGAGCUCAGUCGUGCUCGAGGCUGUCGAUAAACUGUCCGUUCUAUUGGCGUUCACAAUUAUCCUUAACAGUGUUCAACCUGUUCUUUCUGGUGUUGCUGUUGGGUCGGGAUGGCAAGCGCUGGUGGCAUAUGUUAACAUAGGGACAUACUACUUUGUUGGAAUUCCUGUAGGAAUUCUCCUGGGAUGGGUCUUCAGACUUGGCGUUCUGGGAAUUUGGGCAGGAAUGAUUGGUGGAACUGCAGUGCAGACAGUAAUUUUAGCCAUAAUUACCAUCAGAUGUGAUUGGGAUAAGGAGGCGGCAAUCGCUAACGCGCGCGUGGAGAAAUGGUCCGGUCCCAAUAAACCAUGAAAGUAGAUGAAGAAAUGUUCACAGGAUGUUAUUAAUAAUUGAAAUGCUUAA